CUGAUCGACAGAGCGGUGAAGGUUCUGGACCAGAUGCCUCCGUAUGAUACCCAUAAGAUUGGAGUGGUGUUUGUCGGAGCUGGACAGGUAUUCAACGAGGUGUCCAUCCUGUCCAAUGAGUAUGGUUCUAACCGCUACGCUGGCUUCCUGACCGGUCUGGGGAAGCUGAUCCACCUGAAGGACUGUGAUCCAGACCAGAUCUUCCUGGGGGGUCUAGACCAGUAUGGAGAUGAUGGGGAGUUUACCUACUGCUGGCACGAUGACAUCAUGCAGGCCAUCUUCCACAUAGCCACCCUGAUGCCCAACAGAGACAGUGAUAAGGGCUGCUGUAACAAGAAGAGACACAUCGGAAACGACUUUGUUAUGGUGGUUUACAACGACUCAGGAGAGGAGUACAAACUGGGGACCAUCAAGGGUCAGUUUAACUUUGUUGAGGUGAUCAUUAAGCCUCUGGACUACGGAAGUAACCUGGUCACCCUGCAGUGCAGGAAAGAUCUGGAGGGUCUAGUUGACACCAGUGUAGUGAAGAUCGUCUCAGACCAAAACCUUCCAUUGCUGGUACGACAGAUGGCCCUACACGCUAACAUGGCAUCUCUGGUCCACCAGUACAGAGCAAACCCUUCUGAUGCCUACGCCUCCAAGUGGCUGGCCAGACUACGACACAUCAAGAGACUCCGGACAAGGGCCCAGGAGGAGAUCCAGUCUCGUCCCACCCCCGGUAUCUCUCUGACCCAGAGCCACUCCUCCCAGACCAAACAGUCCUCCUACCAGCAGGUCAGUGGUGGAGGCUCCAACACGGACUCCUCCGGACAGAGGAAGAGACUGGUCUCCACCGUGGACGACUUCACCGACUUCGUCUGAGCCUUGAGGACGCCUUCCCAGUGUCAAAUGUCUAUACUAGUAUACUACUGCGGGUCAAAUGGCACCCUACACCCUAUAUAGUGUGCUACUGUUGACCAGAGUCAUAUGGACCAUGGUCAACUGUAGUGCACUAUAUAGGGAAUAGGGUGCCAUUUCACACAUAGUAUGCAUCCCCAAUACAUUGGUUUCAUACUAUGUAGUAUGCUAGUAUGGAUAUUGUAACUGAGUGAUAUUUCUGAUACUGUUUCCGGUCCCCCUGCUCAAGGCAGACGUUGCCUCCCUCACCACAGAUCUAGGAUCAGGUUAUCCAAGUGGUUCUAAUGUCCACUAGCAGGAGGAUAAUAAAACACCUGAUCCUAGAUCUGUGUUUAGUCAGGGACAACAUUGACCUGCUUUCGCUCUUUCUCUCUUGAUACACACACACACACCGGGUGAAUAACUUCCUGCUUUCUACCGAUAUGAUUUGACGAUUCUCUCCCAGACAUUUGUCUUGACAAGCUGAUGUGGCCUUGUGGCUUUUAAUCAAACUGCUCCCAUGAAUUCGUUGUGAUGCUGAUGAGAUGACCGAUACAGAUGGUGCUGCCUCACUAACGCUGCGUCCCUAUUGUCUUUCUAAUACUCUGUGCUUGACCAGGGCACGUGGGCUCUGUCUAAAGUAGUGCACUAUGUAGGGGGAAUAGGGUGCCAUUUGGAACGCAGAGAAUGACCCCCCCGUGGCUUACACAGCCGACGCACACCCUUUCAUCCCUCUUCUCCUUUCCUUCUCUCAUCCCCUCGCAAAACCACUCAGAAGGAAGUAUGGUGAAUGAGAAACACGACAUUUGAAAGCUGUGUGUGUGUACAGAAUAAACACAACAAAUAGCCAA